UUGGAUGGCUGUGGCCAGGCUUCCUCAGGCCGGUUGCUGCUGCCCACAAGCAACCAGAGAGCAGAAUUGACCCUGGGACUGCGGGCCCCGACUCUUCUCAGCACCAGCAGUGGGGGCAAGAGCACCAUCAGCCACAUCAGCAGCCCUGGGACUGUGACCCGACUGGGUAGUGUCACUCAGGUUACCUCCUUCAGCCAUGCCUCCCCUGGUAACCGAGGAGGUUGCAACUUUAAGAUGGAGCCAGAUCCAGCAGAACCCCCCUUUGUGACAGUGGAAGCAGCUAAUGACACAGAGCCCCCAGAGGGACGGAGCCCCCUGAGUGCCGAGGAGCUGAUGGCCAUUGAGGAUGAAGGAGUCCUGGACAAGAUGCUGGACCAGACUAUGAACUUUGAGGAACGGAAGCUCAUCCAGGCUGCACUCCGUGAGCUCCGCAGAAAGAGAGACCAGAGGGACAAGGAACGAGAACAGCGACUAUGGGAGGCACGGGCCCGGCCAAAGGAGAGCGGAAACAAUCUGGCUACAGAGACUAUCACGAGGCAUAGUCAGCAGGCAGCUGACGGCUCAGCUGUCAGCACAGUUACCAAAACUGAGUGGCUAGUCCACUCCAACAAUGGCACACAGAUGGCCCGCACCACCACUGUGGAGUCAAGUUUCGUGAGUCGCUUGGAGAAUGGUAGCAGCAGCAGCAGCAGCACCACCACCACCACAGUCCAAACCAAGACCUUUUCUUCUUCCUCUUCCUCUUUCUCAUCCAAAAAGAUGGGCGGCAUCUUCGACCGAGAGGACCAAGCCAGCCCACGUCCUGGCAACCUGGCUGCCCUAGAAAAGCGCCAGGCAGAGAAGAAGAAAGAGUUAACGAAGGUCCAGAAUCUGCCCAGGACGUCAGCAUUACAAGAACGCAAGGCCAUGAUUGAGAAACUGGAGAAAGAAGGCUCCGCAAGUCCUGGCAUACCCCGUACCGCUGUACAGCGUUCUACCAGCUUCGGAGUCCCCAAUGCCAAUAGCGUCAAGCAGAUGUUGCUGGACUGGUGCAGAGCCAAGACCCGUGGCUACGAGCAUGUGGACAUUCAGAACUUCUCCUCCAGCUGGAGUGACGGGAUGGCCUUCGGUGCCCUGGUGCACAAUUUCUUCCUCGAGGUUUUUGACAAUGGGCAGCUUAACCCACAAAACAGGCGCCAGAACUUUGAAAUGGCCUUCUCAUCUGCUGAGACUCAUGCGGACUGCCCGCAGCUCCUGGAUACAGAGGACAUGGUGCGGCUUCGAGAGCCUGACUGGAAGGCCCCACGGAUGCUGGUGGUCUGUGUGCCCCUGGUGGAGGUGGAGGACAUGAUGAUUAUGGGCAAAAAGCCCGACCCCAAGUACGUCUUCACCUACGUGCAAUCGCUGUACAACCACCUGCGGCGCCAUGAGCUGCGUCUGCGUGGCAAGAAUGUCUAG